AGCCUUUUUAAAACGCUGGGGUUGCUGGAGUGGUCGAAUUUUCCCUGGAAUUGAGUGAGAAAUUCAGAAGACUGAAGCCCAGGCUCACUGUCUACCUUUCACGGAGGCCCAGCCGUGAGAGGACAGAAGAAGGCACGUGGCGAAUCAUGACAGCAGACAAAGAAAAGGACAAAGAGAAAGAAAAGGACCGGGACAGAGACCGGGACAGGGAACGGGACAAGAGGGAGAAGGCGCGGGAGAGCGAGAACUCACGGCCUCGCCGGAGCUGCACCCUGGAAGGAGGGGCCAAGAACUACGCGGAGAGUGACCACAGCGAGGAUGAGGACAAUGACAACAACAGCGCCACCACCGAGGAGUCCACGAAGAAGAACAAGAAGAAACCCCCCAAGAAGAAAUCGCGCUACGAGAGGACAGACAACGGGGAAAUCACCUCCUUCAUCACAGAAGACGAUGUUGUCUACAGGCCCGGAGAUUGUGUGUACAUUGAGAGUCGUCGACCAAACACCCCAUACUUCAUCUGUAGCAUUCAAGACUUCAAACUGAGCAAACGGGACCACCUUCUGAUGAACGUCAAGUGGUACUAUCGCCAGUCUGAAGUUCCAGAUUCCGUCUAUCAACAUUUAGUGCAGGAUCGACACAAUGAGAACGAUUCUGGGCGUGAGCUGGUAAUUACGGACCCAGUGAUCAAGAACCGAGAGCUCUUCAUUUCGGACUACGUCGAUACCUAUCAUGCUGCUGCUCUCAGGGGGAAGUGUAAUAUCUCCCAUUUCUCUGACAUUUUUGCUGCUAGAGAGUUUAAAGCUCGGGUGGAUUCCUUUUUCUACAUCUUGGGCUACAAUCCAGAAACAAGGAGGCUGAACAGCACACAAGGCGAAAUCCGGGUCGGGCCCAGUCAUCAGGCGAAGCUUCCAGAACUGCAACCCUUCCCUUCAGGAGAGAGCGACUCUGUGACGCAGCAUGAAGAGCUGGUCUGGAUGCCCGGGGUCAACGACUGCGAUCUGCUCAUGUACCUGAGGGCAGCACGGAGCAUGGCAGCGUUUGCAGGGAUGUGCGAUGGAGGAUCCACGGAAGACGGCUGUGUGGCAGCUUCCCGCGACGACACUACCCUCAAUGCCCUCAACACACUACAUGAAAGCAACUAUGAUGCCGGGAAGGCCCUGCAACGCCUGGUGAAGAAGCCCGUGCCCAAACUCAUCGAGAAGUGCUGGACAGAAGAUGAAGUGAAACGCUUCAUUAAAGGACUCCGUCAGUAUGGAAAAAACUUCUUCAGGAUCCGAAAGGAGUUGCUUCCCAAUAAGGAAACGGGAGAACUGAUCACCUUCUAUUACUACUGGAAGAAAACACCCGAAGCUGCGAGUUCCCGGGCUCACCGCAGGCAUCGGAGGCAGGCUGUCUUCCGGAGAAUUAAGACCCGAACGGCUUCCACCCCCGUUAACACUCCCUCCAGGCCCCCCUCCAGCGAGUUCUUGGAUCUGAGUUCAGCCAGCGAAGAUGACUUCGACAGCGAGGACAGCGAGCAGGAGCUGAAGGGCUACGCCUGCCGCCACUGCUUCACCACCACCUCCAAGGACUGGCACCACGGCGGGCGGGAGAACAUCUUGCUGUGCACCGACUGCCGCAUCCACUUCAAGAAGUACGGGGAGCUCCCGCCCAUCGAGAAGCCGGUGGACCCGCCCCCCUUUAUGUUUAAGCCUGUCAAAGAGGAAGAGGAUGGCCUCAGCGGGAAGCAUAGCAUGAGGACACGGCGGAGUCGAGGCUCGAUGUCUACACUACGCAGUGGUCGUAAGAAGCAGCCCACCAGCCCCGAUGGUAGGACCUCCCCCAUCAACGAAGACAUCCGGUCCAGCGGCCGCAACUCUCCCAGCGCUGCCAGCACGUCGAGUAACGAUAGCAAAGCAGACUCAGUGAAGAAGUCCACCAAGAAGAUAAAAGAGGAGGCAUCAUCUCCUCUCAAGAGUUCCAAGCGACAGCGAGAAAAGGCAGCGUCUGACACAGAAGAGCCUGAAAGAAUCAACGCGAAAAAAACCAAAACUCAAGAGAUCAGCAGGCCCAACUCCCCCUCGGAGGGUGAAGGGGAAGGGAGGAGCUCCGACAGCCGCAGCGUGAACGAUGAAGGCAGCAGCGACCCCAAAGACAUCGACCAGGACAACCGGAGCACCUCGCCCAGCAUCCCCAGCCCCCAGGACAACGAGAGCGACUCGGAUUCGUCGGCUCAGCAGCAAGUGCUGCAGCCACCAACGGCCCCUCCCAGCCCCCCACCCUCCUCCUCUCUCCCCGUGUCGGCGCAACUGCCCACGCCACUGCCCGUCGCCUCAAGCGCCCCCUCUUCGGCGCCCUCCCAUGUUUCUCCAGCGUCCCAAGCGCCCAGCCAACCGCUGGCCGCGGCGGCCCCUCAUUCUCACAUCCAACAAGGCCCCGUCCUUCACCCCCAGAGGCUCCCUUCACCUCACCCGCCUCUGCAGCCUCUGACCGUGCCCCCCAGCCAGCCCCCGCUCCCCGCCAGCUCUCAGCCACACCAGCAGCCUCCGCUUCAUGGACAGUCCAGGCUGUCCCCCCACGGCCUCCAAGCCCAGCCCCUUCUGCCUCACCCAGUCUCCUCUCAGCCGUUCCCGCUCCCACCUCAGUCGUCGUCCUCUGCUCAGUCUCAGGUUCCCCUGCAGCCGCCGGCCGCCUCUCACCCCCAUGCGGCGCUGCAGGUCCCAGCGGCGCAGCCCACCUUGCCAUCCCCGUCCCCCUUGCAGCAGCCGCCACCCCAGCCGCCGCGAGAGCAGCCUCUGCCCCCCGCCCCCAUCUCCAUGCCUCACAUCAAGCCGCCUCCCACCACCCCGAUCCCGCAGCUCCCCACCCCGGCACACAAGCAUCCGCCCCACCUCUCGGGGCCCUCACCCUUCUCCAUGAACUCCAACCUGCCUCCCCCUCCCGCCCUGAAGCCCCUCAGCUCCCUCUCGACCCACCACCCGCCCUCCGCGCACCCGCCUCCCUUGCAGCUGAUGCCUCAGAGCCAGCCGCUCCAGCCUUCACCAGCGCAGCCCCCCGUCCUGACGCAAAGCCAGAGCCUGCCCCCUCCUCCGGCCCUCCACCAAGUCCCUCCCCAGCCCCCUUUCUCCCAGCACCCCUUUGCCCCUGGGGGCGCGCCUUCCAUCACGCCGCCCUCCUGUCCGUCAACGUCCACGCCACCUUCUGUGCCUGGCAUCCCGCCUCAGGCCGCAGUCUCCACAUCGGCGGCUUCCUGCGGAAACGUCCCAGUGGUGACGUCCUGUACGAUACCGCCCAUCCAGAUUAAAGAGGAGGCUCCGGACGAGGCAGAGGAACCGGAAAGCCCACCUCCGCCACCCAGGAGUCCGUCGCCAGAACCCACGGUGGUGGAUACGCCGAGCCACGCCAGCCAGUCGGCCAGGUUUUACAAGCACCUGGAUCGUGGCUACAACUCAUGUGCCAGGGCGGAUCUCUACUUCAUGCCGCUAGCAGGUUCCAAACUGGCCAAGAAGAGGGAGGAGGCCAUCGAGAAGGCCAAGAGGGAGGCGGAGCAGAAGUCAAGAGAAGAGAGGGAACGGGAGAAAGAGAAGGAAAAAGAGAGGGAGAGAGAGCGUGAGCGUGAGAGAGAAGCAGAAAGAGUGGCGAAAGCAUCCAGCUCCUCCCACGAAGGGCGUCUCGGGGAAUCCCAGCUGAGCGGACCAGCUCACAUGAGGCCUUCGUUUGAACCUCCUCCCACCACCAUCGCCGCCGUCCCCCCCUACAUCGGCCCAGACACACCGGCGCUACGGACUCUCAGCGAAUACGCACGCCCCCACGUCAUGUCCCCCACAAACCGCAACCACCCGUUCUUCGUUCCCCUCAACCCCACCGACCCCCUCUUGGCCUACCACAUGCCUGGCCUCUACAACGUGGACCCCACCAUCCGGGAGCGGGAGCUGCGUGAACGGGAGCUCCGGGAGCGGGAGAUCCGGGAGCGUGAGCUGCGGGAGAGGAUGAAGCCCGGCUUCGAGGUGAAGCCUCCGGAACUCGACGCGCUGCACCCCGCCACCAACCCCAUGGAGCACUUUGCCCGCCACGGCGCCCUCGCCAUCCCCCCCACAGCAGGCCCUCAUCCCUUCGCUUCGUUCCACCCGGGGCUGAACCCCCUGGAACGGGAGAGACUCGCUCUGGCAGGCCCCCAGUUGCGGCCGGAAAUGAGCUACCCGGACAGACUGGCUGCCGAGCGGAUACACGCCGAGCGGAUGGCGUCGCUCACCAAUGACCCCUUGGCCAGGCUCCAGAUGUUCAACGUGACGCCGCAUCAUCAUCAACAUUCACACAUACACUCGCACCUCCACCUCCACCAGCAGGACCCGCUCCAUCAAGGCUCAGCUGGACCUGUCCAUCCCCUGGUGGACCCCUUGGCAGCUGGACCCCACUUGGCACGCUUCCCCUACCCGCCCGGCACCAUCCCAAACCCCUUGCUAGGACAGCCGCCCCACGAACAUGAAAUGCUCCGGCACCCGGUUUUUGGUACCCCCUACCCACGUGACCUGCCCGGUGCCAUCCCCCCGCCCAUGUCCGCUGCCCAUCAGUUACAGGCCAUGCAUGCCCAGUCAGCAGAACUUCAGAGACUAGCAAUGGAACAGCAGUGGCUGCACGGACACCCCCACAUGCAUGGGGGACACCUUCCCAGUCAAGAAGACUAUUACAGUCGGCUGAAGAAAGAAGGCGACAAGCAGUUGUAAUAAAUUAUUUAUUGGCCACGCCAGCUGCAGAAGACCCCUGCCCUUCGGGAGGAGGUGACGCGGGAGCGCGCUACAGAAGAUCGGGACGCGAGAGAAGCCAUCUUCCGAAGACGCCUUUCUCUGUAGAAAAGGAAAAAGCCCAAGAGAGAGAGACUCGCAUCAGCGCAUAUAUUAUGGGGUUCAUUUGUAGAGAAGAUUUCUCAAGACCGUUUUCGGGGUAGGGUGGGGGGGGAUCUCCUUGCAUGACAAAAACCUGUUACAAAGCCUAUCGAAAAACACACAAGACUCGAGGAAAUAUUCAGACAUGUUCCCUGGGCAGUCUAGGGGGGGGGAGGGGUGUCGGGUUGGGUGGUUUUGUUUUUUAAAAAAAAAAUUGUGUUCGGUUUUGUUUUUUUUUCUUUCGAGUAGGUGCUAGAAUCAGGUUCACAACAUAAUGCAAGCCACUGUGCGUAAAAAUACACUCAAUUUAUAUAUAGAUAUAUAUAUAUACUUUAAAAAAAAAAGAGGGGGAAAAAAAACAAUUCCAAGUUAAGUGGCAUAACAACCUCUGGAAAUCCAAGUGCUAUAAACAAGAAUUUUAAAAUAAAUCUACUUUUAUUUUAAUACAUUGUAGGAAAACUUCAUAAUUUUAAAGAGAGCUUGGCAAGCAUGGCUUUAUAAGUCUGUAAAUAAUUUUUCGGGUUAGGGGCUAAAAAUUAUUAUUAUAAUCUCCAUAAAAAUCCUGAUUUUUUUUUUCUCCCCUCUUCCUUCAGUAACAUCAUAAAAUCCUUACUUCUUACCUGGUGUUGACAAGAGUACAGAGUUGAUUUUUUAAUAUAAGAGGAAUAUAUAUAAUUAUCCCUUUAGUUAAAGGGAGAUGACUGGCGGGGGUUGGGGGAGGCGGGUCAAUAAUUUCAAAAUGGGCAGAAGCCUGAUUUUCUGGUUUGGUAGCAACGUGAGCAUUAAAGGGAGUUGCAGGGAUAAUGUUACAGAACUAUCCUUUUCUUUUGCGUGUGUGCGUGUGUGUUCUUUUUAAUUUAAUUCCUUUGUUUCCAUGGUUGUCCUGAUUGCCUUCCUCCUUCCUGAGCAUUGGUUUUGUCACCAUUCAGUCGCUCAGCAGGUAAAAUACAUUACAUCCGCAUUUGGGGAUAGGGUAUUGAAGGUAAAAACAAGGCCUGUGUCGUAGCCUUCAUUCGGCAUGCCCCACUGGUUUGAGACCAUCAAGUGAAACAGAGUUAGUGCCGGUAGUGUUUGUUCAAGUUAUGGUUUUUUUUGAAGACUAAUGUUGGCCAUUCCCAGAAUAGCUUUUUUUUUUUUAAAGAAAAUCUAUUCCUCCUCCUUUAUACAUGUAACAUCAGCCUGGAAUGUUUUAUCUUGUACAAUGUGCGUGCAACUUUGCACCAUCAUUUUUUAAAAGAUUGGCUAAGUUUUUGGUCAGUCAUCUAGACCUUCAGCCACAAAUCCCACCGGAAGCUCCACGUGAGGGGCGGCUACCACACACGGAGCACUCCCCGGACUUUGGAAAGGACCGUGUGAUUAUUGGAGCCCACACCGGAGCUGCUGAACUUGUACAUGUUUUGAUAGAAUGCAGCAAUACACACCAAACUGUUUUGUUUUAUUUUUUGGUGGUGGGGGGGGGGAAUAAUUUUGUACCUGUGCUGAAUUAGAUCUCAUCGUUCCAGGCCUUUAUGCUUUUGGGAGGGAGGGAGGAAUAGGCAGAAAGGGGCUGUCUUCGAAUAGCUUUCGUGACGGCAAAGCUUACAUUGCACUCGCUACAAAAGGUAAGAUCUUUCACGGUCUGGGUUUACUUUUUAAUAGAGCCGGCCGUUGGCAGAGUUUUGCCGAUAAAUCCAACACAGUGAACCACCAGGGUUAGGUAUCACCUGGACUUAACCCAGAGAGCAUAAUCCCCUAGGAAGUUGUGCAGUCUGUUCGAGUGCUGCAGAAAUGAACAACUCCUGCACGUGACUUGGCUGAAGAGGAAGUUGCAGAGGAAAACUUCCCGGUGGAUUGUGCCUUGACUCCUCAUCUUAAACUGGACAUAGCUGCAUCAUAUUCUCCACCUGCAGUACUUGAACGAUUAUCAUAUUCAUUUAAAAAGGCUGUGCCCUGUUUUCCGCUGGAGGGCCACCAUAAAGCCUGUAGGUGACUUUUGAGGCAAAAUGUGACAAACGUACCUCUUUUUUUAUCCCCCCUCAAACUAUGACUUUCAAUACAAAGGCAAAAUGAAAUCAGGAGCAACAGUGUAUAUGUCCUCAGUUACAGUUUUUUUUGCGUUUGUUGCAUUCAAACACAUUUUCUUUCUUUUUCCCCCCUUCCUCGUUUGGAGGGCUGUUAUCUUUUUCUGCAAAGACUGUUAAUCCGUGGCGGGCCUUCAGAGAGCUUCGUUGUGCUGCAUCAGAUAACCUCGUAGCUAAUCAUUGGCUGCCUCCAAAGACGCAGGGCAGGUUUUAAACCCACAUAACAGAAUUCAGGAUUCUCUUUCUGCCUUAGAUCAGAGAAAGAGGGUUUCUUUGCUGGGCGUCCCACCUCUUCCCCAAUUCCUGCUCUAUCACCCGCAGUCAUUUCUCACUCUGGGUCCAUCCCUUGUUUGGAAUCUAGCGUUUGCUUUUGUGCCAAGACCCAAGUGCCCAGUUGGUGCUAAAAUACAUCCGUGUGUGGCAUUUCUUCAGCCCCCUUGGCCAAGUGAAUAGAUCAUGGCAUUAUGGCACUGCUUGCCCCGUCUAAUAGCCGGGCAAAUUGUGUCAGUGCUUGCCUCACCACUUGGCAAACCCCUUGGCACAGUCUGCGGGGUCCAUGGGAGACGAUUUCCGGAUAGGGCUCUCCUAGGAAGAGUCAUGCGUGCCUUCUCCCAGGAUAUACUUUGCACUUUUGGGAGCUAAAACACUGAAUUCAGGAGUGCAGUGAAGUCUGGCUGACAGAAACACGGCAAACCGGAUCAACGCUUUUAACGUUGCAAGCUAGUCCAGAAUUUUUCCGUUUGUAACGCAAUCGUUUGAAAGCCUAAUAUGCAUUACGGCCACAUAACGUCUAGUCUCCCAGGGCAGGACAUUCCCAACAGACUCGGCUGUCUUUAAGGCACAUCCCUACGAUCAAAGAUUCUUCUCAAGGAAACCAGAGGCUGGUGGCUCUUGUAAGGGUGAGACUGGAUUUGUAGAGAUCUCCCGUCCCUUCCCAAAACUACAAUUCCCACAGUUCUUUAGGGAAAAUAGUUUAGCGUGGAUGACAGCUUGUGGCCUUUGCCCCUUCAGGUUACAUGUAGCACUUUGUGAUUCCACCUUUGAAUGUGAGAGUCUUAUUUUUUAUGUUUAGGGUUAGUCUUGAAUCAUUCCGGGGUGCCAGAAAAAUCUGGAGGCUGUUUCGUUCUUGAAUCUAAUGAUUAACUACAGUGUUGUUUGUUCUUGAGCUCUGAGGCCACCAUGCCCUGUUUCAAGCUCCCAGACAUUUUGGGGUUAUCUGUUCAAAUUCCUUAAUUUCCUCUCCCCUAUUUGAAUUUUUUUAAAAUUAUGUUUGCUUUUCAUGCUCCCCCCCCCCCUUCCAAACCGUCUCUUGUUCUGUGUCGUCAUGGUUUGACCUAGUUUCACUGCGCCGUUUAAAAAGCAGAAUAUACAUUCUGACAGCUACGUUUAUAUAUAUCUUGAGGCUUAGUGUAUAUAUGAGUAGUUUGCCAUGGGAUAACACAGUGUAAAACAGAGUAGAAAACCCAGAAAUCGUGACUUCUGUGUUCUCUCCAUUUGAGUAUUUUGUAAUUUUUUUGAAAUAUUUGUGGACAUAAAUAAAAACCAAGCUACACUACA